AAAAAUGGUUUAAUAGUGCAGAAGAAGACACCUGUAAAUUCCCACCGACAACUGAAUAUCAUCUACUUGACGACUACUUGGAAAAAUUGCACUCGCCCAAGGACUCUUGGCAAAGUUAUCCAUUUUGCUUCAUCACCGGAGCAGCUGAUUUGGAUCAGGGUCGCAGAAGAUUAAAAAAGGCCCAAGUAACUCUCAACUGUGAGACAACCGAUGGUGAAAAUGAUCGAAAGGGGGGGAGGUCCGAAACUUCCUCGAAAGCAAAAAUUUCAGCAAAACCCUUAACUGCAUCAAAGUCUCAACUAAACAACAUCUUUAGUACUAAAAUCCCGAUUCCACCUAGAAAUCAAACUCCAAAGUCUGGUAUACAAGCAAAACCAAAGACAAGAUUUCAAAGCAUUUACCAGAGUGGAUCUGACUCUGAAGACGAAAAUCAUGAUUGUCUUAUAGCUAAUCCUGAGGAGAUUCGAGCCUCAAAGGCUCAAAAUAAUUCUGGCUUUUUGCAAAUGUCGAGUAAAUCGCGAUCUGUACCAACAGGUGCAUGUUUAUCAUUUAAACAGCGGUCAAGGAAGAAUAUUACUUUGCUUAAAGACGUCGAAACUGAUGAAUCUGAGAGCAAUGAUUCCUCCGAUGGAAUUCUGCAGUCACCUACAAAAUCGAUGGACUCAGCGAGAAAUACAAGAAAAGAACUUCAUUUGACACCUCCUUCACCACUAGUCCAUAACGCUUCAGGUAACCGAAAAAGGCGUGCAUCGUCUACUACACGCGCUGAAGACGGAUUGAAUUCGAUUGUGAGCCCAGGAACUCCAAAAACUUCACGAUCAAUGAUGGUACCCCCUGCUAAGAUGCCAAAAAUGCUGGGACCACAAAACCAGUUGUCAUCUAGUCAUUAUGCUGAUAAUGAACGUCGAAUCCUGAACUCCCUUCGAGAUUACUUUGAUCAGCAAUUAGAUGAAAAGCUCGAAAAUUUAAGACGCAGGAUGGCUUACGAUUUAAAGCAGUCUAUGAAUGAGCUCAAGACCACAAUCAUUGGCACUAAUCUAGCCCCAGCUUCUGGUCCUAGCUUGCUUGAAAUACAGAAGCAGAUGUCUACGCCACUACCAUUUGAAAUGGAUGAUAAGUUCCAGGAAUACGAAGCGAUAUUGACAACGGACCCAAAUCUCGUAGAAACACUGCGAUUAUUCAUGAGAGUUUUGAUAAGCAAUAAAAAAGAGAUGAAAAUAUGUGUUUCCACUAUCCUAUCUGCAGUUCUGAGGAAGACAGUGUCACUGCACUAUUCUGGUUACGGAAAGGAAGCUGGCGGAAAGAAAAAGAAAAAUUUUUAUAACACUACAGUAUGCAAAGUACUGAUUGAUGUGAUAAUUGAGGUAAUAGGAUCCAGCACUGAUGAGAAGAAGAUAAUGUCAGAAGUAAGUACUUGGUUGUCACGUUCUGGCGAUCGAGAGGGUGGGCGUAAGGAACGACAACGCGGGUCAAGUCAUCAUAACGAGAAUAAUUCAGUUUGUUCCUUUGAUACCAAUCGAUAAUACUUCAUUUUUCCGGGAUAAAUGGAAUUGUAAAAUCACUGUGUUAAUAUGACUCCAUUAGUUCAUUUUCGUAAUUGUAUUAGUUGUGAUAUUCUUGAUAAAAGGUACGAUUAAUAGGAAAAGUUUAUAUUCUCAAUAUAUUUUUAUCGCGAGGCGUUUCAUUGGGCAGAAUAUAUAUUAAUAUAUGAAUAUUGUUUAGUAUUCGGCUGUCAUUGAAGUAUUAAUUAUAUUUAUUAUAUUUCUCCUGGCGAGGUCGGAAAUCCAGAAGAUGGAAAUAACAAUUGGAAAAUGUGAUGUAUCUUAGCAUAAUAAAGUAUUUUCUAUGUCAUUUCCUCAUAAGUUAGAUCACGGGAAUAAAUAUCCGUUGUUGGUUCAGGGAUUAAAUAUUAUGUCCAAAAGUUUAAAGGGAAAAAUAAUAAGUGGAUUUUUAAUUUUUAAGAAAAAUUCUAAUGAAAGUAAUUUCAGCCAUUGAGAGCUGUUUUCAGUAUUUGGUGAUUCAAGUCAAAUAAUAUUUAUAAGGUUGAAGUUUCACAAUCGGACUGCGUCCAUAUUCCCCAAAGAUUUCAAAUUUAAGGGUUGAAAUUAAUUAGUUAUAUGUAAUCCUAUCCAAGACUUUUUUAUAUUUCUAAGUUUGUUUGAAAGAGUGAAUAUAAUAAGCAAUAUUAUAUAGAACUAGCACACAAUCAAUGCAACUAAAUAUCAUUCUGUGUUCCGGAGUUGCAGAUGGAGAAGACAUUAUUGUAAAAAAAGGACGUCUUUCCGAGAUGAAAAAAUAAUUCUUAUCAGGAUAAUUCGUAUCAGCAAUUGUCUAUGGAUAUAAGAAUUAAUUCUUAUCAUCCAUAGCGGAAUAAAUUAUCCAUAAUAUUGCUAUUAUAAUGACUGUUUUCAUGCUUGAAUUGAAGCACGAUAAUUUAUCAAUUCUAAACUACUAAUUUAAAAAAUAACAUUGGUGCGUUAUUUUGUUGGAUAUUUUGUUAAUACAAUCUUCGAAUUCUGAAGACUGACUGCUAAUAUUAUUAGAUUGUAAGAGAGAGUUUAUUAAGACUUAAUAUGGUAUGUCGUAUUAAAUUUCGGAUUCAAAUGAUCUACGUAGAUUAUUUAUUUUAAAAGCGGAUGAAAAUAAUCCACAAAAGAUUUUUCUACAAUUUAUACCUGCAAUCAUUUUUUUGAGUUUUCAUAUUCUGUUCGCGGAAAAAUCUCAUAGUUGUGAUUAUCUUUCAUGAAAAUUGGAGAUACAAACACUGCAUAUCUUUAACUGUUCAACCAAAAUCGGAUGAAAACAUGUACUAUGUCGAUAGGAGGAAAAAAGUUUUUGAUUGGCUGAGUUUUUUUGUCAAUAGAUUUAAUAAAUUUAAAUAUAAGUUUUGUCACAUAAUAAAACUGUUUUCUGUAUAAUGUUGAAGGUAAUAAAUACAUGUCUGCUUAUCAGAUAUACCGUUCAUAUAUUUAUUGGUGAUUCUGAACCCAAUACAGGCAACGGUUGGAGCCUGGCCACAGCUCUGGUCGUAAAUCUGGGCCAAUUUCGGGCCGAAUGGUCAGCCCAGAAUGCGGCCAAAGUUCGGCAAUAGGUCUGGGCCAAUUUCGGGCCGAAUGGUAAGCCCAGAGUGCGGCCAAAGUUCGGCAACAGGCCUGGGCCAAUUUCGGGCCGAAUGGUAAGCCCAGAGUGCGGCCAAAGUACGGCGACCGAAGUCUGGCCAAAGUUCGGUCCCAGGCCUGGCCCCGUGUUAUCAUCCCAGGGUCUAGCCAAGUUCGGCGCGAGUUUGGCUGGAGCCCGGGUGCCGAGCUACGGCAGCUCGGCGGCCGUGCUUGUACCAAGGUUGGCCCAUUCGUUUUUUCCUAC